ACUACUUUGACUCUUAUCUGAGGAAGGAAGCGGCGGUGUUCCCUCGGAGUGACCGACAAAAGCCAAAACAGAAAAAUUUAGAUGUUCAAAUCAAACCCCACGUUAAAAACAUCAAUAAGAAAAAGAGGAAUCAUGCAGUGCAAACGAGGAGCAAGCAUCUGUUGGAACCCAGGAUUGUGGGUUGAGCUCCUGGAACACCUGAGAGAGAGAUGAACACGGGUUAAAUCAUCAACGAAGACAACAGUCAGGCUGUGAGCAAGACUUACUGAAUAGGAUUCUAGCAGUGAGGACAAGUUUGUCUCAAUAGAUCCGAGCGAAAGCACCAGCACCAUGGAGCUGCUAUGCCUCGAAAUGGACACCAACAUACGAGCCCGUCCCGAUCCGAACCUCCUGUGCGAUGACAGAGUCCUGCAGAGCCUGCUGACGAUAGAGGAGAGGUUUCUGCCGCAAUAUUCUUAUUUCAAAGGAGUUCAGAAGGAUAUCCAGCCGUUUAUGAGGAGGAUGGUCGCGACCUGGAUGUUGGAGGUUUGUGAGGAACAGAAGUGCGAGGAAGAAGUUUUUCCCUUGGCCAUGAACUACUUAGACAGAUUUUUAGCAGUGGUACCCAUCAAGAAGUGCAACCUGCAGCUGCUGGGAGCAGUCUGCAUGUUCCUUGCAUCCAAGUUGAAAGAGACUCGUCCUUUAACUGCAGAGAAGCUUUGCAUCUACACAGAUAACUCCAUUAGACCACAAGAGCUGCUGGAAUGGGAACUGGUGGUUUUGGGGAAGUUGAAGUGGAACUUGGCAGCAGUGACGCCGAACGACUUCAUUGAGCACAUUGUGAGGAGGCUGCCACUGCCCGAGGAUAAGCUGGCACUUAUACGGAAACAUGUCCAGACCUUCAUCGCCCUCUGUGCCACAGAUUUUAGAUUUGCCAUGUACCCUCCAUCCAUGAUCGCCACCGGAAGUGUGGGGGCAGCGAUCUGUGGCCUACAGCUUGAUUCACCUGAUCACUCGCAGUGGGGCGACAGUCUGACGGACCUGCUGGCUAAAAUCACUAACACAGAAGUGGAUGUUCUGAAAGAGUGCCAGGAGCAGAUCGAACGCGUGCUGGAGAGCAGCCUACGUGAAGGGCGACAGCAGCAACAGCAGCAGCAGCAGCAGACUCAGAGAGGUCCCAGUGGGAAAGGCCUGGACGAGCUGGAUCAGUCCUCCACCCCGACAGACGUCCGCGAUGUCAACUUGUGAACCAGCGGAGCGCACCGUUGCACAGGAUUUACAAAAAGGAAAAAGAAAAGAAAAAAAUGCAUUCUUAAAAAAAACCUUCAAUUUUUCUAAAAGCUGAAAAAAAGAACAAAAUAACAAAAAUAGUAGAAACACAAGCCCAUGCUUGCUAGUUUUUUGUAGAUUGUAUUUUGAUACAAAAAACACCUGCACAUGACAUAGAUUUUCUAUAGUCUAAAAGCAACAAAUUUGAUGAAGCUCCGUGGUGCCUUGGAUACACAGAAGGGAAGUCAAUCAUCUUUACAUUCUGCCUUUGAUUGUAUAGUAUGAUCUUUAAGUUAUAUUUUAACCUGAGCUUGAUGAUGAGACUCUAUGGUUGAAGUAGUAGAAACGGCGUACACAGGAUUGCAGCGGGGCUUACCGUCUUUAUUUCCUCUGUUAGUAUUAAAUGAUCAUAGUUCAGUUUAGGCUGGUGUAAACUGAGGUUGUGUCCAAGCCCCCUGACCGUUAGAAAAAGUCCACAUGUGUUGAAGACGGAGCCAAGAAUUGUAGCGAAAGGUGGUGUGUCCCAUUUCUAGGCAAAAGCUUGGGAUGAUAAUAGUUAGUAGUAUUAGUAUGUACUAUUAUGAAUAUCAUCAUUGUGCAUAUUUGUAACUGAGUAGUAGAUCAAUAAGCUCCUUUUGUCAGGCUGCUUGGAUGCGUCUGUGGAUGCCGUGUGUGAGUGUGUGUGUGUGUGUGGAUAUAACGUGAUCCUGUAUCUAUAUUAGCAGUAUGUGGUCUAUGGCGUCAGGCACUUGAGCAAAGCUGUAGACUUUACAGCUCUUUGUGAAAUGAAAACGAAACGAGUCCAGGCUAUACGUACUUUGUCAGCCCUCGUACUGGGGCGUCUGUGCCAAGUUGCUGCUUUUGUGCAUUAACGGUGCGCCGCGGUUCACUAUUAAAUACAAAAACGGUGUGGAUAGUGAACGAGACAGACACUGAAAGUUCUGGGCCAAGGGACAGUUGUAGAGACUUGUAUCUGCCUCAAAGCAUUUCACUUUCGUCUCACAGGCAGUGUGAGGUGUUUUACUGCUAUUGACACGAUGAGAUAUCACAGAUACUUUCGAUUUACCUAUAUUCUUCCUCUUGUUGUAAUGUUAAGUUGUGAAAGGCUGCUUGGAGUCGAAAAACACGUGAGAACAGUGCCUCGAUGAACUUUUUAAAUCGGAACUCCUUUGCGUAAACUCGGCAGGGAGGAACGGGGGGUGAUGGUGAGAUUAGGAAUGACCUAAAACAGCUCAGAAGUCACUGUGGAGGUACAGAGAGGAGGUGCAGGAGCAUGCUGCUGUGUAGGAGAUGUAAAUGAUAUUUAGCCAAUGGCUGGAAGAGAUGUAACAAAUAAAACACCUGCAAGUUUCACUAUGAAAGUUUGACAUCAGCAUAUAUGGAUAGAAUCAACGUUUUCUACUGGAUGUCUGAAAAUAAAGGCUCAGACAGAAAAGAAAUCUGGGUUUCCAUUAACAUGGAGAUCUGCAAGCAGAUCAUGAAAGGAUCAACUUUUUCUAGGGGGUGGUGGGUGGGGGUAGGGUUAGAGGAUAAUACGUAUACUGUCAAUGCAUCUGGAGUCCCAUAUAGGGUUCUUUCCAGCUCCCCAAUUUCAAUGUCAAAGCACUUUGAGAACAUGCUCCCCAGGAGAUGAGUAAAAUAAAAUGUCAGUGAUUGGAAGUGAAUGGAUAGGUUUUUUUUUUUUUUUUCUCUCAUUAGCCUUUUCUUUGGUUUACUUUGUAGGGCUGGUUUCCCAAACAUCAGACAUACCUUUGACAAACAUUUUGAAGGACAUUCCGAUAUAAAUAUCAAAAUAAUGACAUUCCUGUUCAAGCAAAUCCAAGAUUUGUCCAAGAGUUUGGACAAAUAAAACAAUGCCAACAUUCAUGCUGAUAAGUUCUUCAUGGGGUUGAUUUGACUUUUCUUUUCCAUUGUCGAGAAUUGAAAGUUUUUGUUUAUUUUUACUUGAAUUUUAUUUAUCUGCGUCACAGCCACAGAGAGCCACGCGAGGCGGCGAUGA